CAAAAAAAACCCACACAUUCUGCUUUAGAGUGUAUUAUCAUUUUCAGGCGUGAUGAGGUUGAAAACACUGUAUCCUACAAGAAUUUCGUUCAAUUUUUGAAUACUUUCCAACGUGACCCGCGCCUCAACGAGGUCGAUCAUCCACGAAUGAGCGAGCGCAUGAUGAAAAAACGACUUGAAGCAAUCGGCCAUUUGUCGGGCACCGGUGUUACAUUUCAAGCUUUUGUUCACUUCUUGUGGAGUGACUUUUGCACCGAUUCUUUGAAUAUGUCUAUAGAGGAAGUUACUGAUAUGAUGCAUGCACCUUUGUCUCAUUAUUUCAUAAACUCUUCCCACAAUACAUAUUGUAAAGGACUUCAAGUCAAGGUGGCUAAAAUCUUGCAUUCCGUACAGGUGAUCGUUGCAGCCCGUUAUACGAAGUUUUGUUUGCAGGUUCUCCUAUCUGGAUGCAGAUGUGUAGAACUUGAUGUCUGGGAUGGGCCACAUGGACCAGUAGUCACGCAUGGUCCAUCUAUAGUGAUGCGCAUGAACGAGGUUCUUCUAAAGGAUGUAUGCGUAGCCAUCGCAGAGAGUGCGUUCAAAACUUCUCCCUAUCCAGUACUACUGUCUAUUGAAAAUCAUCUUAGUAAGCAACAGCAAAGGCAAAUGGUAGCUAUAUUUCGACAAACCUUUCGUGAACAUCUGCUUGAUCGCCCACUGCCUAAUCAUGUGGUAAGCUCUAAAGAAUAUACACCGCUUCCGUCUCCAAAUGUUCUGAGGAAGAAAAUUUUGAUAAAAGCAAAGCGAAGGCGGGAUCAUGAAGACAAUGAGAAUUUAGAUGAUGAUAGAAAAUCUAGCAUAGCAUCUUCAGUUUCGGAAGUGAGUGUAGCACGCAGUGCUCGGCAAGUCCAUUUUGGAAGUCUCAGGCUCAGCUGUGGUUUUCGAUGCGCUGACCUCAGAAAUCCACCUUGGAAAUGUCGGAAAUGGUUGAAAACAGCAUUUUUCAAGGUCCCUCAUUUUCAACCCGGGCGAAUGAGACAGUUCCCGGCUAACUAG